UCUGUAAAGCCACACCUCCUCUCUCUGUUACACUAUAACACACUGAACCAGGAAGUUCAUUUCAGAGAAAACGAAACUUAUAGAUCUCUCUCUCUCUCUCUCUCUCUCUCUCUCUCUCUCUCUCUCUCUCUCUCUCUCUGUGAGUUCAAGAAAAUGGCAGAAACCAGUGAUCAGGAUCAGUUCAGCUGUCCAGUGUGUCUGGAUCUCCUGAGGGUUCCAGUGACUCUCCAUUGUGGUCACAGUUUCUGUAAGGUGUGUAUUAAUGGCUGCUGGGAUCAGGAGGAUGUGAAGGGUGUCUACAGCUGUCCUCAGUGUAGAGAGACUUUCACUCCAAGGCCUGUUCUACGCAGGAACAACAUGCUGGCUGAAGUGGUGGAGAAACUGAAGAAGACUGAACUCCAAGCUGCUUCUCCUGCUCACUGUUACGCUGGACCUGGAGAUGUGGAGUGUGAUUUCUGCACCGGGAGAAAACACAAAGCCGUUAAGUCCUGUCUGGUUUGUUUGGCCUCCUUUUGUGAAGAUCACCUUAAAUUUCACUAUCAGUCUCCUGCCUUUAAGAAGCACAAGUUAGUUGAAGCCUGUGCAGAGCUCCAAGAGAAGAUCUGCUCUGAACAUGACAAACUGAUGGAGAUCUACUGUCGUACUGACCAAAGCUUCAUCUGUUACUUGUGUACGAUGGAUCAACACAAAGGUCAUGAUACAGUUUCAGCUAAAGCAGAAAGAACUAAAAAACAGAAUGAGUUAAAGGAGGAUCAGAUAAAAUCCCAGCAGAGGAUCCAGGAGAAGCAGAAGAAGGUGCAGGAGCUGAAACAGACUGUGGACAUUAUUAAGACGCGUUCACAGGCAGCAGUAGUUGACAGUGAGAUGAUCUUUACUGAGAUGAUCAGCUCCAUGGAGAAAAAGCGCUCUGAGGUGACGGAGCUGAUCAGAGCUCAGGAGAAAGCUGAAGUGAGUCGAGCUGAACGACUCCUGAAUCAACUGGAGCAAGAGAUUGCUGAUCUUAAGAGGAGAGUCACUGAGAUGGAGCAGCUUUCACACACACACAAUGACAUCCACUUCCUCCAGAGUUUCCCGUCUCUCUGUGUUUCUCCUGGAUGUGACGACUCACUCAGCUUCACUGUCAAUCAACAUCUCUCAUUUGAUGGAGUGAGGAAAUCUCUCUCAGAUCUGAAAAAACAAGUCGAGCAAAUCUGUGAGGAGGAAUUCAACAAAAUCAGACCAGAAGCUGCAGCAGUUCAGAUGAUUUUACCUUCAGAACCAAAGAACAGAGAAGAUUUUCUGCAGUAUUUCUGUUAUCUGACUCUGGAUCCAAACACAGUACAUUCUGUACUCAUUCUGUCUGAGAAGAACAGAGUGGUGACACGGAGUGAGACACAACAGCGAUACUCUGAUCAUCCAGACAGAUUUGACUCCUGUGCUCAGGUGUUGUGUAAGGAGAGUGUGUGUGGACGCUGUUACUGGGAGGUGGAGUGGAGCGGUGAUGUGUACAUAUCAGUGUCAUAUAAAGAGAUCAGCAGGAAAGGACGGAGUAAUGAGUGUUUGUUUGGAUACAACAGUCAGUCCUGGAGUCUGCAGUGCUCUUCUUCAUCUGUCUCUUUCUGGCACAACAACAUUGAGACUGAGCUCCGAGGUCCAUCAUCCUCCAGAAUAGGAGUGUAUGUGGAUCACAGUGCAGGAACUCUGUCCUUCUACAGCGUCUCUGACACCAUGAGGCUCCUCCACAGAGUCCACAGCACAUUCACUCAGCCUCUACACGCUGGAUUCUGGAUACGGAGUUAUAACUCUGUGAGGUUUUGUGAUAGAAAAUGAAAUGUUAGUAAAAGUUUCCAGUAAAAUUAUAAGUGAGGUGUGAGAUUUAAUUUGUCCCUGAGCUAAACUGGUCAUUUUGUGUGCAGAAACCAGAACAGUAAAGAAUGUAGAAAGUAGGAUGUUUCUAGAAAUAAGAAAUGUUCUCAAACAGACUAUUUAACUGUAUGCACUAUUAGGAGGAUUUAUUAUCCUAUGAUAUAUUACAAAGUUUUUUUCAGGUGAGAACUGGAUAUCAUAUAAAUAUAAAAAUUCUAUGUUUGUUUUGACAAAGAAUAUUUCCUUAGAAAUAAUAAAACUUACUCAAUCUGCUCUGUCUGUGCUGCUGCUGGUGGAAAACUCCUACUGUGUGUAAAAGACGUUUAUUAUUUUAUAUCCUUAACACUUUUCUGAUUCCUUUCUCAAUCUGCAAAAAAAAUCUAAACUUAAAAUUGAAUCUACAAAUUAAAUACAGACUGGAGUUUGUUGGAAUCUAGUCAUAUACUUAUCUGAUCAUUUAAUAAAUCAGAUACUGUCUGA